CAGCGCUAAGUGACUGCUGAAAAACAAAGACAUUGAGCCGCGGCUGGGAAAUGUCAUCAGUCAUCUCUAAUGGAGGAAACAGAUUUCUGACAGUCAGUAGGCUUAUUCUUUGAGGGGUGAAAUGAGAGAACUGGCCUCGAUGCUUUUUUCUGCAUGUGUGUAAUCAGGACUUCAGAUCUCGCAACAAUAAGUGAGUACGUCGGCUUUUGAGAAUCCACAGGUUCCAGAUGCUAUCCGCCCGUUUCUAGAAAGAUUUCCGCGGUGUUUCUGGAUGGGUCCGUACUCAGUGACAGCAGUUAUGCGCGAAGAAACUGUGGGAUCACUCAUGUAGUCGUCUCACAUCACGGACUUGUUUAUUUCCCCGAGUCGAGGAAAUGAUGAACUUAGUUCUUACUGUGUAAAUGAGAAUUGCGCAUUAAGGGCUAUAUGAACGCUUCGGUUAUUAGAUGAGCGCCUCAAAAUAACGAUUAAAAUCCAAGAAGAACCCUUUUUGAAUGUGUAAAUCAGAAACGCGUCUUUUCUAAGAGUUCUUGGCGUGGAUUUUCAGACACGAAGAGGAAAGUUACCUGCGCUCUUAUCGGCCGAGAAGAGGCGCUGUCCGUGGUCCUGAAGUCUUUUCAACAACUCCUCUGUCUCACACCAGACCUCGUGUGAAGACUACUUGAGAAAAAGACCAAGUUAAAGCGAUACUGUCCUCCAGCAGCUCCACAAAGAGCUGAAUAUGGUAACGCAAUAUAAGCUUCAUCGGCAAACUUUGGUACUUUUGAUUUCUCUUGUCCACCUGUGCAUGCCGGUAUGUGUCGAUGUCCAGUCAGACACAGAAGCAAUUGUGGGAAAAGCCAUGAAGUUGACCUGCAUCUCCUGUUUGAAGAGGGAGGAGGUCACCGUAAAGACAUUUGUAAAAUGGCUUUACACCCCAAGUCCAACAAAAGGCAAAAAUAUUUCAUAUCUUAUAUACGAAUAUAACACUAACAAUUCCAAUGUGGACGAUAAUCCAUUUAAGGACCGUCUAAACUGGAACGGAAGCAAGGACUUACAAGAGGUCUCCAUUGAAAUCCGUAAUGUCACCCAUAAUGACAGUGGUUUGUAUACCUGUGAAAUUCGUCGUUUGUUUGACUUUGAACUAUACACUCCAGUCUUCGAAGUAAACAAGACCAUCAACCUGACUGUGAAGGAGAAAGCCAGUGACGACACCACAGCAAUCUACUCUGAGAUCAUGAUGUAUGUGUUGCUGGUGUUCUUGACCUUCUGGCUGUUGGUAGAAAUGGUCUACUGCUACAGGAAGAUCUCCAAGUCUGAUGAGCAGGCCCAGGACACAGCGACAAACUACCUAGCCAUUCCCUCUGAGCAGAAAGACAAUCCAGCCGCUCCUGUUACAGAAUAAAAGUGGUUUUCAAUGACACGGUAUUGACCAAUAACAGUGGGACAUCGGUUUCAUCAACCCUAUCUGUGUCACUAUGAAGAUAUGAUUACUCCCAGGCAGCGAUGGGAAUCCUGCCAACUGACUGCCCCUGUGUAUCGACUGUGUCUUGUGAGGAGCCAGUCAAAAAUGUCCAAGUGCUCAGUUUUUCUCCUGCCUUUCCUCUCCAGUGUUUUUUUUUACCUUUGUGCAAGGCGUCUCUAAAAAUCAAGUGCUUUCACAGUUACAUCAGGUUAAAGAACACAAAUGUCAUUGUACUGCACUUUUUAUCAGAGAAUUACAAGCCAUUCUUCAUUUGGACAGAGCAGUGAGCGGACUAACUAAAGAAUUUCUUGGUAGUUAGUAGUGCGUCUGUGAUUUAUAUGACCUAUAAACAGAUAUGAUCCCAGAAAAUGUCCUAGUCUGUUAUGUACAUCUUGUAUACUGAAUAUAUACUACUUUUUCAGUUCUUUUUUUUAAGUUUUCUUACAAUUUUAUACCAUGCUGAGAUUUUUGGGUCACAAUUUUAUUUGUAUUGGCCAAAAGUCUUUUUAAGGAAACUAAAA